GCAUUGUCAGCACUCACACGAUGCUGCCAUUGAUUCUAGGCGCUGCGAUCCUCUUUACCGUGCUGCGCUCAAUCUUGCCUCGUCUUGCUCUGCGCUAUGCUCAAUUCACGACGCCAACGCAGGCCAGUGAGGCACAAAGGACAGCUGCGGCCAGUGUUCGCGCUCGGCAGCUGAAUGCACAAAUCACAACUGUUUUAUGGAUCGCAGAAGCAGCUUUACAGUAUUCCUUCACCUUCUUCAAGCGGAAUACCCAGGUUCUUCAAUUUCAGGAAGGCACGAUCCCUGGCGUGUUGGGGUACGUGCUCUCACUGAACCAAGUGUAUGCCUUAUUCUAUGCAUCUGGCAUCACAGUGAAGCAAGUUCAAGCACUACUAGUCUAAUGAGUCUUUUUGUAAGGGUCCGAACGAGCAUCUACUUAUAAAGAGCGACUUGAAUCUUUGCCUUCUUACUCCUGUCCGAUGUGCACCGCCUUCCUUUUUAUAUGCUCACGCCUUGCGCGAACGAGUCCUGCCGGUAGCACCGAUACCCGUUGAUUUACCCUUUGGCGAGUCCUCCAAGGAUGCUUGCACGGCAUCACUAAAUUUCGGGUCAAUGGCAAUAUCCCCCGACGACACCGCUUUACGUGCUGCUUUGGGGCUUUGCUUGGUGUAGACGCGGAUGUAGAAGCUGAUGAAGAGAAGGAGGUACGAACUGAGGAUCCCCAAUCCCAUGAGUGCUGCAUACUCCUCACCCGUACAAUCUCCCAUGGUGGGUGCCCAGGGGAAGU